GGACCCUGGGCUGUGCCUCGGUGGUGGUGGGCUCACCCGUUGUGCCCCUGGGCUCAGCCAUCACAGCAUCCUGCACCAUCCAGAGCAAUCUCUGCCGUGGCUUGGAGCCAGGGAACGUCCGGAUCACCUGGAUGCUGGACAACGAGGACCCACCGGCAAAGCCCUUCAACCUCAGCUGUGUCCUGAACCUCAGCGACUACGGGCUGACGUGCCAGUGGGAGCAGGGAGACAACAGCCACCUCCCCACCAGCGUCGUGCUGAAGUGUGCCGGGAGCAGAGCCCAGGCGGUGACGUGCUGCACCCCACAAGGCAACCACAGCCGCUGCACGGUGCCACGCCGGCUGCUCCAGCUCUACCGGAAAAUGGAGAUAUGGGUGUCUGCUGCCAACGCGCUGGGCACAGCUGAGUCAGAGCAUCUCUGCAUCGACCCCAUGGACGUUGCCAAGCUGGACCCCCCGGUCCUGCAGAGCAUCCAGUCCAUCCCCUUCCAGACCGACUGCAUCGCCCUGGCCUGGGAGGUGGCCCACAGCAACGCACACAUGGACCUGCAGUGUGAGCUGCGCUACCAGGCGCCCGAGGACCCUGCCUGGUCUCUGGUGAGUGAUGCUGGGGCAGCGGGACCUGGGAGGGCCCCAAAGCGGCAGGAGGCAAAUGGACGAGUGCUGGGGUACCGCGUCACCCUGAGCCCCAGGAGGAGGGGCAGGGACUCUCCCACCAUCUGCAACACCACCCACACACAGUGCAACUUCUCUGCGCCGGUGGGGACCAGGCGGGAUGGCAUUGAGCCUUUCCAGCGGUACAACAUCUCCGUGUACCCCCUCUACAAGGAUGCCAUAGGGGUGCCCAUCCACACUGCAGCCUACUCCAAGCAGAAGGCACCGUCCUACGCCCCGAAGCUCCACCUGAAGAGCAUCGGCAAGUCCAGCGCUGAGCUGUGCUGGGAGCCGGUGCCGGUUGAGAUGCAGAAUGGCUUUAUCACCAGCUACACUGUCUUCUGGGCCAACAGCACCGCAGAAGUGUCCAGUGCCACUGUGAGUCCCUCUCUCAGCUCCUUUGUCAUCCGGGAGCUGAAGCCUUCGACGCUGUACAAAGUGCACAUCAUGGCAUCCACGGCCGCUGGCAGCACCAAUGGCACCAGCCUGACCCUGGUGACCAUGGUACUAGACGACAUUGAAAUCCAGUUUCUCUUCCUGACCCUGGGGCUGAUCUUUGUCCUGCUCAUACUUUUGCUCAUCUGCUUCCAGAAGAACGGGCGGGUGAAGCAGCAGUUCUGGCCCAGCGUCCCUGACCCCGCCAACAGCAGCCUGAGCAAGUGGGUCCCAGCAGAGCUCCAGCAG